CCCCUGCUUCGCUUUAUCGUAUUGCCCGCUACAGCCCUCUUUCUCUAACUUACACUAAGCACCCCGAUCUUGGCCAUGGCGGACUCCAAAAUCCUUUGUGCAAAUCCAGAGAAAAGCCAGGCCUUAAUAGAUGGCAACAUUCUAACGGCCCGUGUUCUGGCUCUCGCUGGUGUAAGGCACAUGUUUGGCGUUGUCGGCAUCCCGGUAACAUCUCUCGCCACUCGCGCAGUCGCGCUUGGUAUCCGAUUUAUUGCCUUCCACAACGAACAAUCAGCCGGCUACGCCGCUUCCGCCUAUGGCUACCUCACAUCCCGUCCAGGUGUCUUCCUUACUGUUUCUGGCCCUGGUUGCGUGCACGGGCUUGCUGGUCUCUCCAACGCCACAGUGAACUCCUGGCCGCUUGUCAUGAUCUCCGGAUCUUGCGAUCAGAGAGACUUCGGAAAGGGUGAUUUUCAAGAGCUCGAUCAGAUUGCCGCUGUCCAACCCUUUGUCAAAUUUGCCGUUAAGGCCACCGAGAUCUCCCAUAUUCCCCGGAUCGUUCUAUCCGUAUUAGGCCACGCUGUAGAAGGAAGGCCCGGAGGUUGCUAUUUAGACCUCCCUACGGAUGUCCUGCAUCAGACUAUUUCCGAAGAGGACGCCGCUUUGUUACUCUCCGGCGCAGAAAACCCGAGGGUUCGAUGGAUUGGAGAUAGCGUUAGUCCUUUGGAUAUUGAGAAAGCCGUAUGCUUGCUUAGAAUGGCCGACAGGCCGCUGAUUGUGUUCGGCAAAGGUGCGGCCUAUGCUCGUGCAGAAAAUUCCCUGAAGAGUCUAAUUGAGACAACUGGUAUCCCUUUCCUGCCUACGCCAAUGGGCAAAGGUUUAAUGCCUGAUACUCAUGAGCUUGCAGCCACUGCUGCAAGAUCGCUUGCCAUUGGCGGUUGUGAUGUUGCGUUGGUUGUAGGUGCACGUCUAAACUGGUUGCUGCACUUCGGGGAGCCGCCCAGGUGGUCUAAUGACGUAAAAUUUAUUCUUGUGGAUGUAUCAAAGGAGGAGAUUGAGUUGAGGAAGCCAUAUCUUGGUUUGGUUGGAGAUGCUGGCUUGGUUCUGGAUUUGAUCAACAGGGAGAUUAAGGAUGAUCCUUUCUGCCUUGGGAAGGCGCAUCCUUGGGUGUUUGCCAUUUCCAAAAAGGCAAAAGAUAAUGUAGCGAAGAUGGAAAUACAGUUGGCUAAGGACGUAGUUCCUUUUAACUUCUUUACACCUAUGAGGAUAAUAAGGGAUGCAAUUCUUGCUCAGGGAAGCCCUGCUCCAAUAUUGGUGUCCGAAGGUGCGAACACUAUGGAUGGCGGAAGAGCUGUGCUAGUACAGAAUGAGCCGAGGACUAGGUUAGAUGCAGGAACAUGGGGAACGAUGGGGGUUGGCUUGGGUUACUGCAUUGCUGCUGCAGUUGCUUCACCUGACAGGUUGGUGGUUGCUGUUGAAGGGGACUCAGGUUUUGGAUUCAGUGCUAUGGAAGUUGAGACAUUGGUGAGGUACGGGUUACGUGUUGUAGUUAUUGUGUUUAACAAUGGCGGUGUUUAUGGUGGUGACCGAAGAAACCCUGAUGAAAUAUGUGGUCCAUACAAGGAUGAUCCUGCUCCUACUUCAUUUGUUUCAGGGGCAGCUUACCAUACUUUGAUAGAAGCUUUUGGAGGUAAAGGUUAUGUUGUCGAGACACCUGAGGAACUUACAUCUGCACUUUCUGAAUCUUUCUCUUCCAAGAAACCAGCAGUAAUAAAUGUUAUAAUCGAUCCCUAUGCUGGUGCAGAGAGUGGCAGGAUGCAACACAAAAAUUGAGGUAGCGCAUUUUGUGUCUAGUGUUGUGUAAUGUUAUUUUUGUAAUAAGGUUUACUUAAAAUGCAAUUUAUUUGAACCAUCUUAGAGUUUUAAAACCGAAAUGUUCAAAGGGAUGUUACAACGGCAAUGCAUGUAAUUAUAAGUUAUUUAAACUUUUGUCGUUUUCUCAUCGUAUAAAAAUUUAAGUCA